AUGUCUGCUUCCUCUGCCGCUUCUACAGCAGCUGCUCGACAUCCAGCAGCACAUCCGCGGCGAUACGAGCCAGAGCAUGAGCAAGAGCCAAAGCAAGAGCAAGACGCAAGCUUUAGCUCCAAUAACCUCAGCUUCAGCCCAAUGUCUCACCUCUCGGCCCUUUUGCAAAACUUGACUCCACCGCGCAUCCUGCUCGGACCUCAUCCCAGUCUGAGAUGCGCCGUCGCCUCCGGCUUGCCUGCUCGAGCGCGACUCAGAGGAGACUUGGACCAGCAACAGCAGGCUUCUGCAGUGAAUGUGAAUGUGAAUGCAGGUGAGCCUGUUACGAUCCAAGAUGCAGCCGAGGCCUCAAACUUGCCGUCUCCACAGUCAUCGACCAUGACGACAUUGUCAGCAUCAUCGUGGGCAGAUUAUGCCCUCGCAGUCGACCCGUCACGCCUGAUCAACUCCUUUUCGCAUCUGCUCAACACUCACACUUCAAACUCGGAGCAGAGCACCUCGCACACGUCCAAGACGAGCUGCAAUGUGAAAGAUGACGACACGAGUAUACCUCGAGUGGUAUGGUUUGGCGAACAGCAUCAUCAGUCUGGCGUAUUAAAGGCACAAAUGCAAUUGUUGGACGCGCUUUGUCAUUUGCCCUCCAACACUCCUGAUUCGUUCGACAAUCUUCAAAGCUCCCUCGACUCGAGCGAAAAGCCCCUGUGGCGAGCGUCCGAUCAAAGCUCGCUCAGCACCAAUGCCACCACCACCACCACCACCACGAGCAGCACCAACCCCUCUCGAUCCAAAGUUUCCCUCGUCCUCGAAGCUUUCUCGCUCAAAGAUCAGCCCUUGCUAGACCUUUUCCAAUCUUCCCAUCUGUCCAUCUCCGACCUGACCCACUUCUAUUCCCACUAUUCCAAAGAAAAUUUCGACCUCUUGCAUUUUGCGCCCCUGUUGACCUUGGCCAAGGAAAGAGGAGUCAGGAUUUGGGCCGGCUUUCCUCCCCGCGAUUGGGCGGCAUACGUGAUGAAGAGGGAUGGAGAAGGGGCGAUUGGAGCGUUGGGACGUUGGGAGCAAGAGAGGUAUGGACGCAUGGUGCGGGGAUUACCAUCUGCAUCUUCUCUUCGAGAGCUUUGCAGCAGCGACGACGUGGUCAGCGAUGCGUCGUCGACGACCUUGCAUGGACAACAUGCAGAGCAAGAUCCAUCGCCCACUCUACCAGCGCAGAUUUGGCAGACGUAUAGCUCGCUGCGAGCUGAAGAUCGACAAAUUGUUCAGCCCAUCGUUCCCUUUCAGCUCGAUGAGAGGAUGAAAGCGAGGGAAAAGGAGAAUUUGUCGACCAUCAUCGAUCAGAUUUACAAGCUCUCUCACGCUCACCAGACAUUUCUCAGUAGUCUUUUUCGACCUGACGAACCUCCCUCGUGGCCUUCCGACUACGUGGUCUCCAGAUCGCGUGCGGAGGAAGAAAUCUCUCGGUUGGGCAAGGUGGAGCAAGAAGCGUAUCGAUUGCGUCUGCAUCAAAGUCGAGAAGAUGAAGAGCAGCAACAAAUGUUGGAUGUGACGUUGUUGGAGCCGAUGCUGCACAGGGCUUCCAAAGGAUUCGGCCCUGCUCAAGCGGUCAAGGAUACAUUCUUGGCUGGCGUGGUGGACCAAAUCUUAGGUCCUGUCGUCCUGCCUUGCUCUGCGCUGAGAAAGACGGGUACGAAUGAAGCUCAAGCUAGCUGCACGAACAUGAGCGAAAGGGUUCUAGUCAUAGCGGGAUCGGGCCAUCUAGAGUAUUCGUUGGGCGCUCCAGAAAGACUUAGGGAUCUGAGACGCGCAAGGUAUACGAUUCAACAAUCAGCAGCAGCAGCAAAGGAGAAGCGACCCAAAGAUGCGAAGGCGAUCCUCGAGGAGCGAUUGUGGCUGGAGAACAAGGUGGAGAAGAGCUUGUUGAUCCUUAGCAAACCCAAGGAUUCGGGCGUUUGGGGUGUCGAGGUGGGAUCGAUGGAUGAGCAGGCGAGGAAGGGCGAGAUGGGCUCAUCGCAUGCGAUGGAACACGCUGAGACCGCGAGCGCCGAUGGAGAGAGGCGAGACCCGAGAUUGCUCAGAAGCGCGAGUUUGACUGGCUGGGAAUCGUUGGAUGGAUGGGAAAGACCUUUGGCUGAUGCUGUCGUGCUGUACGACUGGGUCGAACAUGAAUAG